UAAAAAAAAAAAUUAAUUUAAAGACUACUAACUUCCUUUUUUUUGAGGAAAUGUGUACUACGCUACUACUAAUUAUAUUAGACUAACACUUAACAAAAAAAAAAAAAAUUAAAGUAAGAGUUAAAAGGAGGUGGAGAGUAGUAGCACUGUAGCAUAGCAGUUUCGUCUUCCUCCUCCAAAAAAACCCAAACCCUUGAACUUCCAUGGUUUCCCUCCCAAGUUUUUCACCAUCAUCCACUUUGUAAGGCCGCCACCGUCCACUUUGUAAGGCCGCCACCGUCGUCUAGUUUACAAGGCCGCCACCAUCUAAAGCGUACUCGGGUCACGACUAUCAACCACUUUGUUUCAGGCGAUUGUACAAAGAUUGUUUAAUUUCCAGCCAUAACACAAGCAAUUGCACUACUUUACAUUUGAUCGAUUUCCCGCCACAACCAGAAUAUUGUUAUUCUUUUUAAGGUACAUGGCCAAAAAGAAAAAGAAAGUACAACCGAAUGAUGAUUCCGAAGAGUCAAGUUGUGAGGAGAGGUCGUACUAUACUUAAAAAGGUGGGGAAGACUAUCCAUGCUGGCACCCAAAUCCCAUUACAAUGGAAUCCAAGUAAAAGAGUUCCCACUGGUGAACACAAGACCCAUUUUUCCACCUACAUUGGUGUAAUGGCACGUGAAAGAAUAAGCAUUGCCUACAAAGAUUGGCAUGAAGUUCCAACAGGAGUGUUAGAUGAAGUUUAUGGAUUUAUCUCGAAGGGGUUUUAUGUUCCUGAGAAUUGCAAAGGUUAUGUACUAACACGAGCAUCGAUUCGAUGGAAAGCUUUCAAGACUAGAUUAAGAACCAAGUGGCUAUAUAAAAGAGUUAAAACACUUCGUCAAAAGCCACCACACAAGUAUCAUUUUAUAUGUGAAUCGGAUUGGGAUACCUUUGUUCAAAUCUGCACUUCUGAUGAAUUUAAGGAAUUGAGUGAAAAGAAUCGUGAAAAGGCAAAGAAGAAGUCCUCAAGUUAUCGUGGCGGUAGACUUGGGUACCAAUAUUUUGAAGAGGAGAUUGUAAAACAACUUGAAAAGCAAGGAGUCCAUGUGUCACAAGUGCCGCAGCAUCUAACUUGGAUUAAAGCUCAUUCUCAUGUCAAAGAUGGAGUUAUAACAUUUGACAAUCUUGCUGAUAAGGAAAUCCAUGAUGCAAUAAUAGCAUUAGAGGGUCAAGUUCAAAGAGGUGAAAUCAUUGUUAAGGGUCGAGAUGAUAUCUUAGCAAAAGCAAUGCAUAAGAGUGAGCAUGGUGGUUUAGUGAGAGGUGUUGGUUCAGGCAUUACAGUGAAGGAUUAUUUUGGUUAUAACAAACUUGCUCCACCCAGCCAAUUGCAUGCUGAAAUAGGCAUGAUGAAAUCGAAACUUGUCUCCAUGGAUAACAGAUAAAAUUUUAUGAUGUCCUUCUU